AGCCCGGCAGGCAGCCAGCAGCAGUCUCUGCAGGGCCCAAGACUGGGGGCGGCUAUGGGAUCCUGUCCAGAAGAGCAGUAUUGGAAUCCCUUGCGGCAUCGCUGCAUCUCCUGCAAGCUGAAUUGCGACCAUGAGAGCGUGAGCACCUGUGUGGCCUUCUGCAAGUCUCUCAGGUGUCCCAAGGAGCCGGGCAAGUACUACUACGACCAACUCCUGAGAAAGUGCGUCAGCUGCAUCACGACCUGUGGACAGCACCCCAAGCAAUGUGCACAUUUCUGUGAGAACAAGCUCAGAAGCCGAGCAAACCUCCCUGCAGAGCUUAGGAGACAGCAGACUGGAGAGGUGGACGCCACGUCAGACAGUGCAGGAAGGUACCAAGUAUCGGAGCACAGAGUCUCAGAAGCAGGCACAGAGCCUCUUGGCCCCAAGGGGAGCACGGAGCAGCUAGCCCUGGUGUACAGCACCCUAGGGCUCUGCCUCUGCGCGGCCCUCUGCUGCUUCCUGGUGGCCGUGGUUGCCUGCGUCCUCAAGAGGAAGGGGGAGCCACUCUCCAGCCGGCGCCCCGCGGGGCCCCGCAAUCCCAAACCCAAGUAUGCCCACGGUGAGUGCUGGAAGCCGAACCCAGCGAUGGAGGCCGGUGGAGCCCCGGGCGCGAUUCUGGGACCCGUGGAGACAUGCAGUUUGUGCUUCCCCGAGCGUAGGGCGCCCACGCAGGAGAGCGCGGGCACUGGCAGGUUGGCGCCGGCUGUGGGCACCGCCGCCCCGCCUUGCGCGCACGCCCCUGACAGCGGCAGCGGCCAGGAGAUGCGCGCGCCCACCCAGGACGGGUGCCCGGGCGCGUGCUGGUGA